UGGUAGCUAACUAAUGAAAAUUGAAAAUGGCUAAUUGUCAGACGUGCCGUAGGUGAGCAAUUCUAAAAUGUUGGUUAAAAUGUUUAAAUAAUUGGUUGUGAAUCAUGAAGAAUGGUGCAGUGAUUAGUGGUAAUCGUUUGUUCACAUUAAAGUAACAUAAUUUCAACAAGUUUUUUCAACGCAAUGGUCAAAUAAUCAGUUCCCACUGUGAUGAGCAAUAGGAAUCGUCUUUACAAGAACUGGCGAACCCUAGUGAUUAUAUUGCUACACUAGUGGACGAGGUUGAGUUUCAUCGGGGAUUAUGGCUUCUGGUGCGUCUUCCUUGGACAGUGCUGGUAGCAGUGAUGGAGCUCUCAAUAUGGAGAGGGAUAGCGGAGGCUACGGCGGUGUCGGAAGUCCUGUUCGGGGCCUUGAAUGUCGGGACUAUGACGGUUUACAGAAUCAAUGCGAGCAAGCAAUGCAUCAACUUCAACUCCUUAGACAUAAGCACAACGAAACUAUUCGACGGUAUGAGCAUACUAUGAAAGAAUUGGAAUACUAUCGAACACAGCAUAGAGCAGCCAUGAAUCAAUUGGAAGCAAAUUCACAGGAGAGUUCAGCUCUUCGUGGCAAGUACGGUGAACUUAUUAAUGAUAAUCAACGUCUCGAUCGUGAGGUACAGGGUUUACAAAAAGAAGUUUCGGAAUUAAGAUUAAAAAAUCAGGAAGUCCUUGUCGCUGAUGGAAGUAAUAGCGAUAGUAUAAAUCAACAUUAUAUAUCGACACUACGUAAAUAUGAGGCCGUCAAGGAUGAGAACGAUGCCCUGAGAAAACGAUACGAUGACCUCGUAUCAUCUCAUUCUGACGUUGUAAAUCAGCUGGAAUUGGUACAAGAAGAGGUUGCAAGACUGAGAACACAAAAUGAAGAAGUUGUUCAGGAGAGAAAUACUGUUGUUAGAGAACGAAAUGGAUUUAAACAACAGUGUACGGCGGCAAUUCGUCAAUGGGAUAUUGCAUUACGUCAGAAAAAAGAAUAUCAGGAAGCGCUUGCAAAAACACAACAACAACAUGAGGAAGCUGUGAAGGAAAUUAAUAAUGCAAUGAUACAUCGUAUGAAGACAAGUAAAGAUAUGAAACGUUUAACAGAGGAAAGAAAUGCAGCGUUACAAGAAUAUAGUUUAAUUAUGGGCGAGAGAGACACGGUGCAUAAGGAAAUUGAAAAACUAGGCGAGGAUCUUGCACAAGCGAGAUCGCACAUCACGCAUUUGGAAAAUCAAAAUAAACAACUCGUUGAUGAAAAGAAGACACUUUCCUAUCAAAUUGAAACAUUACAACGAGAGAUCUCAUCGGCUUUACAUGAUCGUGAUGAGGCUUUAAAAGAAUGCAACGAAUUACGACAGAAAUUUGGCGAUUUCUCCGAGAGUGCAAAUCGUGAUUAUAAAAAUCGUUUGGAACUUCAUUCCUAUAGUCGUGAGAAGGACAAUGCAAAUAAGGAAGUUGAAAAAGAUACAAGUACACGUGAUUAUGCGAAAAGAGAAAAAGAACGUAUGGUUAAUUUAGAUCAAGCAAAUCUUGAAUUAGAUAAAUUGCGUAAAUUUGUCGAUACAUUGCAAGCGGAUCUUGAGGAAGCUGUACAAGAAGCUGAGGUAUCGAAAAGAAGACGCGAUUGGGCUUUCAGUGAACGUGAUAAAAUUGUCCUUGAACGUGAAAGUAUAAGAUCACUUUGUGAUGUACGACAAAAGGAGCGUGAUCAAGCAGUUUCUGAAUUGGCGAGUGCAUUAAAAGAUUCUGAUAAUAUUAAAAAGCAAAGAAAUGAAAUUUUAAAAGAAUUAAAAGAUUUAAAGGAGAAAAUUGAAUCGGGUGAUCAUUUAUUAAGAACAAGUGGUAUUGAAACGGAAGUUAAUGAAUGGGAUGUAUUGACAAUUCAUCAUGAUCUUGGAAGGCUUUGCUUUGAUUCGGAUCGUGAUUUAGGUUUGGUGCUUGUUGGCGGAAGGGAGAAUCCACAUUAUCCAAAUGAUACUGGAGUUUAUGUGGCGCAAGUAAUACAGGGUAGUGUAAUGGAUGGAAAAUUGAGAGUCAAUGAUUGUAUAAUGAGAGUGAAUAACGUUGAUUGUACUUCUGUAUCGACGAGAAUGGUUUUGGAAACAUUACGCUCGUCAACUGUUGGUCCCGCUACGUUGACUGUUCGAAGAAGAAGAAUGAAUCGUCGAGCAUUGAGAACAACACAAUUGCCAGUUGGUUCCGUACCACAUGGAAUUAAUCUCGAGACUGGGAUUUACAUUUCAAAAAUUUCGCCCGGAAGUUUAGCGGCAAAGGACGGAUAUCUUGCAGUUGGCGAUCGGGUCUUGAACAUAAAUAGCAAACCGAUGGAUAAUGUAACUUCAUCGCACGAGGCAAUGGCGAUUUUAAAUGACAAUUCCUCGGAUGUGCUGACAAUUACGACACUUAAGGGAAUUCCAUUGCCAACAGUAACAAGUUCUGAUUCGAUGCCCCUUGAUGGGAGUUUUAGUCCGGAGAAACAAAAAAUGGUGAAUAGUUGUUCACAAACGGAACAUGAGCGUCUAAUGUUGAAAACAAGUUCCGAUGAUUAUGAUCGUCGCUACAUUGCCUCGAAUUUUGGCGAUCGAACUGUUUAUAAAGUGUCAAAAUCGGUAAGCGGAGAGAAGGCAAGUGGAAUUAGUAACGCUUGGGAUAAUAUAAGGGAGAAAAUUGACAUUGUUCGAGGACGACGACACAGUAAGGAUCGUGAGGAAAAGAAAAAACGUCAUCGUAAUUCGAGUCCGAGUACAUUUGAACAGGAACAGGACGCAAUAGCGGAACUCGAUUCAGUGAUUGAGAGUUAUCAUAAAAAAGCAAAUAAUGGAGUAUUAAAACGAAGUAAACGUCGAGGCGGUGCUGAGAAAGCGGAGAAAAAUGGCGGUACAUGGCCAAAAGCACGUGGUGGACCUCUAUUGCAAAAUGGAACGGGAACAAUACUCCAUCCACGUAAAACAAAGGAACGUCUACCACUCAGCGUUCUUCUAAAUCAACCACCCAAGUACGAGAGUUAUAAUUACAAUAGGAUCUCAAACCCCAUUCCUUUGACUAAUUUUUCCAAUGCCAGUAAUCGGCAUACUGUUUUUAUUUCGGAUACCAGUAAAUCAGGUCAUCAGCUCUUCAGUCAAAAAUCCUUUACGCCCGGUGUUCAAUUCAAGGAUACAAAGGAGAAAAAAUUAAGUGAAUUCGAUUUGGGAUCAACGUUAGCGCCAUCGGAGACGAGCAUUGAUUUUUCAGUGAAAUCAAGCAAGGAUUUGGAUUAUUAUGCAAAGAAACGUACGGCAAAAUAUUUGCCAAACGAUGGAACAACAGAAUCAAUGCAUAAUCGUGCACAUUCACAACUUUAUAGUGGUAUCAUGGGAACUGGUUCAUCAUCAUCAUCAACAACUGGACCACGACAACAAUUAGCUGGUAGUAAUUUUUCAUAUCCACCUUAUACGCAUCCACAUCCACAAAAUUCAUUAUUCUCACGUUAUCCAUCACCACCAUCAUUACCCUCGGCACAAUCGGGUGAGUCUAUUGGCCUUCCCGAUGCACGUUCUUUUUGUUUUGAACCACCUUAUAGUCCUCAACCGCAAUCUGGUUUUGGACAACAUUUAUAUACACCAUCGGCUGAUCUUCAUUGUCAUAAAAGUAAUAAAACACAUCCAUAUGAUGUUACACCGUCUUCUUAUACACAUGGCUAUGAGGGCGGUACAUUUCCAAGAAAAAAGGAAAAUCAACGUUUUCGAAUACCAUCGAAUCCAAGUGUGACGCCAAAAAAUAGUAUUGGUAAAUUAUCAACGGGUAGUAUUGAAAGAACAUCAGAGAGAGGAAGUCCAAUGCCAACAUUUCAUGUUGAGGUAUUGAGUCCAGGAACAGGUGGUGGUAGUGGUGAAUUAAGAAGGGUUUAUAUUGAUAAAUCAGUCGAACCACUUGGUAUUCAAAUCUCAUGUUUGGAUGGUGGUGGAGUUUUUGUAUCAACUGUUUCUGAACAUAGUUUAGCGUCACGCGUUGGAUUACAAAUUGGCGAUCAAUUAUUGGAAGUCUGUGGAAUUAAUAUGAGAAGUGCUACUUAUCAAUUGGCAGCUAAUGUCUUGAGACAAUGUGGUAAUUCAAUAACGAUGCUGGUCCAGUAUAGUCCUGAAAAAUUCAAUGAACAAGAUGGUUCAGCAUCGUCAAGUUCAUCGGAAGCGGGUGGCGAAGAAGCUGGCAGUCGUAGUGGAUCACCAACACCAUGCAAUAGUCCGGAAGCACCUAGAAAAACAACGAGCGAACCAUUAGAAUCAUCAGAACCUGAACGUGAUGGUUCAUCAUCAUUGAAUACAAUGCGAAGUGAUCGCGAUAGAGAACGUGAACGUGAAGUUCGUGCAUCAGCAUCGUUAGACGUGAGAAAUACACAGGAUCGUGAUCGUGAAAUUCGUAGUUCAGCGUCGCUUGAUAUUAAUAUUAGAAAGCCAGAAUUAAGAAAUUCGGCAACACUUGAAAAUAUGAGAAAUUCAGCGACAUUAGAUUCGUUGCGAAGUGCAACGGGUACAUUGACACGUGCACAAAUUAAUCAAGCCGCAACAACAUUGCAACGACAAAAUGCAACAGUUCGUAGUCCAACGCAAGAGGAUCAAACGCAAAAAGCAACAGUGCCACCAAGUGAACCGCGUUAUUUAUUCAUUGAAACGAGAAAAUGUUCCAAUUUAGGAAUAUCGCUCGUUGGUGGUAAUGGAGUUGGAAUAUUUGUUCAUUCCGUUCAACCGGGAUGUUUAGCGGAAAAAUCGGGAUUAAGAACUGGUGAUCGUAUACUUGAAUAUAAUGGUGUUGAUUUAAGGCAAGCGACUGCUGAACAAGCUGCAUUGGAAUUGGCAAGACCCACUGAUAAAGUGACAUUAAUUGCACAAUUUAUACCCGAGAGAUAUAAUGAAGUUAAGGAUAAACCUGGUGAUAGUUUCUAUGUGAAGGCAAUGUUCGAUCGUACCGGUGAUGUUGGCGAUAGUUUACAAUUGAGAUUCAAUAAAGAUGAUAUUUUAUAUGUUGAUAAUACAAUGUUUAAUGGAACGCCUGGACACUGGAGAGCUUGGCUUGUUGAUCAAACUGGAAGACGACAAACCUGCGGCAUCAUUCCCAGUAAAUAUAAAGUUGAGGAGGAAAUGCUUUUGAGAAGAUCACUUGGUGAUUUGGAAACUGACGCCGGAAGGAGAGGAACAACAAGUGCUAGGCGCAGUUUCUUCCGUAGAAAAAAGCAGCAUCAACGAUCUUCCAGCAGAGAUAGCAAGGAACUUUCGCAGCUUACAGGCGUCAAUAUGGGAUGGUACAGUGACAGUGGAACGCUCAAUGAGGAAAAUUUACCAGCCAGUUAUCAACGAGUUGAACGACUUGACUAUCCAGCUUUGAGACCAAUUUUAAUAAUUGGUCCAUUCAGUGAAUGCGUUCUGGGAAGACUGCUUCAGGAGUUUCCGGGACAAUUCACCAGAUGUCUACCGGAAGCAAUGCAUUGUUCGCAAGCAACUCUCGAGCAAGGAUUGCGAGAUUCUCUGUAUGUUGAUUACAGAAAGAAAGGUAGUUACUUCGAAUGCACAACUGUUCAGGCAGUGAAGGACAUUUGCGAAAAGAAUUCGCACUGUCUUUUGGAUAUAUCAAUUGCCUCAAUUGAAAGACUUCAUAGGCAUCAAAUAUAUCCUAUCGUUCUAUUGAUUAAAUUCAAGAGCACAAAGCAAAUAAAGGAGGUGAAAGAUUCGAGGUAUCCUGGCGAAAAAGUUAGCGCCAAGGCAGCUAAGGAGAUGUACGAACAAGCACUCAAAUCAGAGGCCGAAUAUCGAUUUUUCAUCUCAUCAAUAAUUCCUGCUGGAGUUAGUGUCGCAUAUAUCGUAACGCAGAUAAAAGCAGCCGUCGACGACGAGCAAAGCAAAGCAUUAUGGGUACCUCGAGGGCCUCCCUGACAUUUAAGGGGGGGUCCCAACAAACCGCAGUGGAAAUCAAUCUAAUUCCAUCGGGGGACCCUUUCGUCUCAACUAUGCGUACAAUUCUUAAAGAAAAAAAAAAAAAAAUAUUUUUAUUUAUGGUCUCGAGCCAAUUUAUUCUCAGAGCAAAAGAAAGUUUUUUAUUCUUCAUCAAAAAGAAUUCUUGCUCGGGUAUAAACAAAUCUCGUUGGUUGUGAUUUCAGGAUUUUUCAUUUUUUUUACAUUUUCUUCAAUUUUUUCUUUUUCUUUUUUGUCCCCCUAUUAGAUAGAAUUUUAUUUUCUUCAUAUUUCUAAUCACGAUGGCAGUAUUCUGCAUCUUCUUCUUUUUUUUCGUUUCUCUCAUUUUUCUUUUUCUAUUUCUCGUUUUUUUUUUUUUUUUUAUUAUUCAUAAUUGUUUUGAAAAUUUCUUUGCCAUCUUUUUCUACUUGUCGUUUUUUUUAUUAUUCAUAAUUGUUUUGAAAAUUUUUUUCGCCAUCUUCUAUUAAGUCUCAAAAGGGGGAGAUUAAAAAAAGAAACACAAUAAUAGCUUAGUGAGAAAAAAAAAAAAAAAAAAAAUAGAAGCAGUCUGUGAAAAUUUCAAAGAGACCAUAAAAAGUGAGCGACUGUAUCUAAAUGAAAAAUUUAUCGAGAGUAAUUUGUUACAUUGUUGUUAAGACUUGUUGUUAUAAAAAAAAAGAAAAAAAGAUACAGUCUGACAUUUAAUAGAGGUAGAAAAAAAAUUAUUCAUUUGGAAUAGAUUUUUUUUUUAGACGUAUAGAGCGACGGAAUUGCUGGAAUUGAUUUUUUUGACACUCGGUUUUUUCUGUAAAUAUUGUGUAUGUAGACAUCGUUAACGCGACUAACAAAAAAUAUUAUUAUUAUUAUUAUUAUUAUUAUUAUUAUUAUAUUAUUGAUGAUUUAGGGAAGAAUUCGCCGCUUUUGUACAGAUUAUCGAUUUAAAAAGGGGAUUUUUUUUAACCCCCUCGCCUUUAAUCGUAUUUAUAAAUACACAUACGGGGAUUUUGAAUGUGCUUAUAAAAAGCGCUCCUCAAUGGUGCAAGAGUAACGUAAAUACGUAUUUAAUAUGAUAAGAAUUGUUUUUUAUUACCGUUCUUUACGGUACUUGUUACACUGUUAUAUCGAAGAGCCUACCAAAAAAAAAAAAAAAAAAAAAAAUCUUUUUUUUUUAAAGAAAGUUUCCUUAAUCACUGAUCUGCUUAGAAGUCAACAAAUCAAAUUUUUUUUUGUUGGCAAAUUUCUUUUUCAAUUUAUUGACACUUCUGUAUUGUAUUUAUUUUUUUGCAUUUGAAAAAAAACCGAUGUAUUUUUUCUUUAUAUGAUCUCAAGAAAGUAUUUUUUUUUUUUUUUUUUUUAUUCAGUGAUUGAGGUAAACUUUUGGGUAGUGCGACUCGUAAUUGUCGAGAUUGUGAAUUUUUUCAUCGUCAAAUUGAGUUUUCUAUCUAAAAAAAGAAAAAGGAAAAAAAAAACAAUAAUAUAUAGGCGUAAGUUACAUACUAGAGACCAAAAAUUAAAAGAAUAUUGAUAUUUAAUUAAUGGAGUUAGGGGGAGGGGGGGUUCUAUAAUUAUUAAUUUAAUUUUCAUAGGCAAAUGAGGACGAGAUUAUUAGAAAUUUAGUCUUUUUUUUUCCUUUUGUUUCUUACGAUUUUGGGUUGAGAAAUUUUUUUUUUUUUUUUUUAAUCUCGUCACUAACACGAGAUUUAAUCGAAGUUAACUUACACAUUAUUAUUGGUUUCGAGAAUGUUUUACUUGACCGGAAAUUAUGAACAUUUUUUAACAAAUUUAAGAUUAAAAUUAAUUUUGUCACAAAAAUUUGGAAUUUUUUUUUUGAAUUUAAUUAUUCAAUUAGUAUUAUUUAUAAUUAUUUAUAAUCAUACAAUUUUUAAGUAUAAAAAUAUUUAUAAAAUAUUGAAAUUAGGGAAUGGAACAAAUUUUCUCUUAAAUUUUAAUUUAACGAGACGAAAAGAAAAUUUUAGAUUAAAUAAUGUUAAAUUGAAUUUUAUUGUAUACCUACGAUUUAUAAUGUUUUUUCUCUCAUUGUAAAAGAAAAUUAGAAUUUGUUGUGUUUUUUUCCGAGUUUAGUAAACAUUCUGUGAAACUGUUUUUUUUUUUUUUUUUUUUUUUUUAAACAAAAUAUUAGAAACGUGAUAAAUGAGAAUUUUUUAAUCACAUCGCUGUGAUAAAAGUUAUAAUACUUGAUGACAUAUCAUCUUUAAAAAUCGGACCAUACUCACUUAUUAUCGGCAUCGUAUAUAUACAGACACAAAAUACAUUAUAGUAUGUGUAAAUAAACACACAUAUAUAUAUAUAUAUUUAUUGAUUAAUAUAAUUAAUGUGCGUGAUUAUUGUUUUAAAUUUUAAUUUUUCAGUUAUUUGCAAUUUUGAGGAUUUUUAAUGAUCGAUUGAUUUAUUACAAUUUUUUUUUUAUUAUGAAAAUUAAUGUAAUUUAUUGAUUAACAUGUUUUUUAAUUUAUUAAUUAUUUAUUAAAUUAUUAUUUUAAAAAUUUUAUAAAUUAUUUCAAUGAAAAUAUUUUUCAAAAAGAUAUUUGUUGAUUUUUUUUUAUUUGUGAAUUACAAUUUUGCUAAUAUUAAUUAUUAAUUAUUAAUUAGCAAUAAGCAAAAAUUCAUGAAAAACCUGAAAGUAAAAAAAAGCAUAAUUUGUGUUAAUUAUGGAAUAAAAUAAAAAUACAAGAAAAAGUGUUGUCAAUAAUAUAUUAAUAAACUGAAUUAAUUCAAUAAUUAAUUUACCAAAUGUACCGUAGCUUUUAAUAUUUUUACAAAUCGUUCGUUAUAAAUUCUGUAAAUCGAAUAAAUGAAAUAAUUCGAAUUUCAACGAUAAUUAUGCGCCUUAAUUAAUAUUGUAAACGAGACGAGUCAAAGGAGAAUCCAUUUUAUAUAUAUAUAUAUAUUUAUUGGAAUUUAAUUAAAAAUUAAAUUCGACGAGGAAUUUUUAUUGUUUUAAAAUCAGGAAACUUGUUUGACACGCCUUGUGUAUAUAUGAAAAUAGUUAUAUAAAUAUAUAUAAAAUAUACUUAGUGACGCACUUUUGAUAUUCUGCAUCAAGCACGAUUUUAAUUUUUUUUUUCUUUUUUUUUUUUUUAAAUAAGAAAAGAACAGAAAACAGUUAAGUUAAAUGUUACGAUAAUUUAUAUCGACCUUAAAAAAAACUCAAUUUAGCAUAUAAAAGCCAGGUGCAUUCAUCUCGACUUAAAAGAAAAAAAAAAAAAAAAAAAAAAAAAAAAUGACUAUUAUUACGAUGAUCAUUAAAGCGUAAAUGGUGAUAUACUGCGUAGCUAAGAAGCGGAAACGUAGAUUACGUUUUAUUGAUCCACGUUUAGGAUUCUAAUGAAUUUUACUUUUUUAUUAUUAUUAUUUUUUUUUUUCAUUUUUUAGAGUCCGACUUGGGAUCGUUAUGACGGAAAUCACGACUAGUCUUCGAAUAGUAUUCUACAAUUUACAAUAUGUUUCUUCUUUUUUCAUGUUUUUUCUCACUUUUAUUCCGUGAUUCUAUAAUGCUCUCAUUAUUCUCUUCUAUUUCUUCUUAUUCUUCUUCUAUGUAUAUUCUUCUCUGGUUGGUGUUUUCGGGUUUUUCUUCAAAUUUCUCUUGGUGGAUCACAAUUUUCCGCCUCUCAAUUUCUCUUGUUGUAGUUUUAUAGACAGAAAUAUUGUAAUUGGUGUAGGUUUCUUCAAAAAAAAAAAAUAUCUUUAAAAUUCUUGAAAAUAUUCUGGAUUUUAUUUUUACUUAAUUUUUCCUUGUUGAAAAUUCAAAUUAUUCAAUUAAAAUUUAAUUUUAAAUUUACAUUAAAUAAUUUAAAUUUAAUUUAUUAUGAGAAAUAUUCAAAAUUAAUAUCAAUCAUUUUUAUGGCGUUAAACGAAACUUUUUUUUUAAAUUGUAUAAAAAAAAUCUUUCUCCAAAAUCCAGAUAAUUUUCGAGAACUUUGCUAAAAAAAAAAGUAAAACUUUAUUUCCCACAAUGCAUUUUGUAGAUCAUUACUUUUGCAGGUGAAAGUAUAAUUUUUAAAUUCAGAAAAAAUAAAUAGAACUUUAUUCGUUGAUUAGUGAAUUUUUCGAUUUAAUUUUUUUUUUUUUUUUUUUUUUUU